CAAUCCUCCAAUAACACUUCCGGGUUAAAUGACAACAUGCUUUUUCUGUAGCUAGCAUCCCUUUUAGAUUAGUUAGUCGUUUUGUAAUAAUAACACCUCAGAGCCAUGCCUCUUAUAGUGAUGUGUGGUUACCCAUGUAGUGGUAAAACACGACGGGCGGAAGAAUUAAAGGACUAUUUCGAGCAGAACACAGACCGAAAGGUGCAUGUUGUAGGAGACGCGACCAUGGCUGUGGAGAGGAACACUGUUUACGCAGAUUCACAAAAAGAAAAGAACACGAGAGCAGCUCUGAGAGCUGAAGUAGAGAGGAGAGUCAACAAGGAUAACAUAGUCAUUUUGGAUUCAUUAAAUUACAUCAAAGGCUACAGAUAUGAACUUUACUGUCUCAUCAAACACACACAGACACCUCACUGCCUGGUGUACUGUUUGACCUCGGCUGAAGAGAGCUCCACAUGGAACACAAACAGAGAUACUGCUGAGCAGUACACCCAGGAGAUCUUAGAUGGAUUAGUGCUGAGAUUUGAAUCUCCAGACUCGAGAAACCGAUGGGACAGUCCUCUGUUCACCAUACUCAAAGACGACACUCUUCCAUUUGAAGCCAUUUCUGAUUCUGUUUUCAAAAGAAAAGCACCCCCACCAAACCAGUCCACACAGAGUCAACCACUGUCAUCUGCAAACUUCCUGUAUGAGCUGGACAAGAUCACACAAGAUGUGCUGAUGGCCAUUUUUAAUGCACAGAAGACAAGUGUCCCUGGGGAUCUCAUUUCAGUUCCGGGAACUACAGAAAAGAUUGAACUCACCAGGAGCUUCAACAUGGCAGAGCUACGGAAAUUGCGGCGCCAGUUCAUCAGCUACACCAAGAUGCACCCAACAGAGAAUAUAGGGCAAAUUUCAAACAUGUUUGUGCAGUAUUUAAACAAGAGCCUUCACUGAAAUGUUACAGUAUUUGUUUUGUUUUAUAUUUUCUGUGACAAAUAAAUUUAUUUAAAUAUC